AUGAAUUGCCUCCUUUUAAGAACUCAUUCUAAAUUUAUUUUGAUAAUCAAAUAUUUGGAGCUAUAAAAUAAUAAGCAACAAAUAAAACUAUCUCAGGUAGAUAAUAUAGUAGAAACAAUCAAUUUUCAUGCUCUUAAAUAUGAAAUAUCAGGAAUAGUUUAAAUUAAUCCCCAUUAAAGUAGUUCUUAAUUAAUGGAAAUAGAGGAAGGUGACUCUUGA